CGCGACGCGUUCCCGGCCGGGCGGUGGUGGUAGCGGCAGCCCGAGCGGCUGCAGCGUUUGCUUUCGCCAGGGCGGUAGCCGCCGCCGGUAGCCCGCAGACGGAGGGGAAGUGGGGGCCCGCCCUGGCUGGUAGACCGCAGGGCCGGAGUUCCCGCCCUCCUAGCGGGCCGAACGGGCAGUGCCUCCGUGGCGGCCAGGCAGCGCUCUUGGUCUGAGCUCGCGCCCCAGCUGCCGCCGGCGACAGCGGCCGAGAGAAGUUGGGGUUCGAUUGGACGCGUGCCGGGCCCCAGAGGAACCGGCCGCCUGCGCCCCGCCUCUCCGGGGGCUCCACACCGGAUUUACAGGAUGACUAAAUACUAAUGGAAAGAGAAGUGUAAACCUAUCUUCUUUCACUAUGGAGGCUGGUUUGGCAGAUGGAGAACCUGACCGAACUUUGGGUGAAUGUUUUGGCAUUUUGGUACCACAUAGUUGCUGACACAUGGAGAGGAGUUGCUGACUGCAUUUUUAUAUGUGCUGUGGUAGCAAACAGUGACGAUACUCAACACCUGACACCAGGAAAGAUGAGUCAGCGCCAAGGGAAAGAAGCUUUUCCAACGCCAACCAAAGAUUUGUAUCAGCCAUGUUUUAGUCCAGCCAGUCCUCAUAGCCAGGGGUUUGAAAGAGGAAAGGAAGACAUUUCUCAAAACAAAGAUGAAUCUUCCCUUUCUAUGUCAAAGAGCAAGUCUGAAUCUAAACUUUAUAAUGGCUCGGAGAAGGAUAGUUCAGCUUCAAGCAAGCUUACAAAAAAAGAAUCUCUCAAGGUACAAAAGAAAAAUUACCGAGAAGAAAAGAAAAGAGCCACAAAGGAGUUACUCAGUACAAUCACAGAUCCCUCUGUUAUUGUUAUGGCUGAUUGGUUGAAGAUUCGUGGUACUCUAAAGAGCUGGACCAAAUUGUGGUGUGUGUUGAAACCUGGUGUGCUACUGAUCUAUAAAACCCAAAAAAAUGGUCAAUGGGUAGGAACAGUUCUUCUGAAUGCCUGUGAGAUCAUUGAGCGUCCAUCAAAAAAGGAUGGCUUUUGUUUUAAACUUUUCCAUCCUUUGGAGCAGUCCAUUUGGGCAGUGAAGGGUCCAAAAGGUGAAGCAGUUGGAUCCAUAACUCAGCCCUUACCUAGCAGUUAUUUGAUCAUCCGAGCUACUUCAGAGUCAGAUGGAAGGUGCUGGAUGGAUGCUUUGGAGUUGGCUUUGAAAUGUUCUAGUCUUCUUAAACGUACAAUGAUCAGGGAAGGAAAGGAACAUGACCUGAGCAUCUCAUCAGAGAGCACACAUGUGACUUUGUAUGGCUUAUUACGUGCUAACAGUCUCCACAGUGGUGAUAACUUCCAGUUAAAUGAUAGUGAAAUUGAACGGCAGCAUUUUAAGGACCAAGAUAUGUAUUCUGAUAAAUCUGAUAAAGAAAAUGAUCAAGAGCAUGAUGAGUCUGACAAUGAGGUGAUGGGGAAAAGUGAAGAAAGUGACACAGAUACAUCAGAAAGGCAAGAUGACUCAUACAUUGAACCUGAGCCUGUUGAGCCUUUAAAGGAGACUACCUACACUGAACAGAGCCAUGAAGAACUCGGAGAGGCAGGUGAGGCUUCUCAAACAGAAACUGUGUCAGAAGAAAACAAAAGCCUUAUCUGGACACUACUGAAACAAGUCCGUCCUGGCAUGGACCUAUCCAGGGUGGUUCUGCCUACAUUUAUUUUGGAACCCCGUUCUUUCCUGGAUAAACUUUCAGAUUACUACUAUCAUGCAGAUUUCCUAUCUGAGGCUGCUCUUGAAGAAAAUCCUUAUUUCCGUUUGAAGAAAGUAGUAAAAUGGUAUUUGUCAGGAUUCUAUAAAAAGCCAAAGGGACUGAAGAAACCUUAUAAUCCUAUACUUGGUGAGACUUUCCGUUGUUUGUGGAUUCAUCCCAGAACAAACAGCAAAACUUUUUAUAUUGCUGAACAGGUGUCCCAUCAUCCACCAAUAUCUGCCUUUUAUGUUAGUAACCGAAAAGAUGGAUUUUGCCUUAGUGGUAGUAUCCUGGCUAAGUCCAAGUUCUAUGGAAACUCAUUAUCUGCACUAUUAGAAGGAGAAGCACGGUUAACUUUCUUGAAUAGAGGCGAAGAUUAUGCAAUGACAAUGCCAUAUGCUCAUUGUAAAGGAAUUCUUUAUGGCACAAUGACACUGGAGCUUGGUGGAACAGUCAAUAUUACAUGUCAAAAAACUGGAUACAGUGCAAUACUUGAAUUCAAACUAAAGCCAUUUCUAGGUAGUAGUGACUGUGUUAAUCAAAUAUCAGGGAAACUAAAAUUGGGAAAAGAAGUCCUAGCUACUUUGGAAGGACAUUGGGAUAGUGAAGUUUUUAUUACUGACAAAAAGACUGAUAAUUCAGAGGUUUUCUGGAAUCCAACACCAGACAUUAAGCAGUGGAGAUUAAUAAGGCACACUGUAAAAUUUGAAGAGCAAGGAGAUUUUGAAUCAGAGAAACUCUGGCAGCGGGUAACUCGAGCCAUAAAUGCCAAAGACCAAACAGAAGCUACUCAAGAAAAGUGUGUUUUAGAAGAAGCUCAAAGACAAGCUGCCAGAGAUCGGAAAACAAAAAAUCAAGAGUGGACUUGCAAGUUAUUUGACCUUGACUCACUGACAGGAGAAUGGCAUUACAGGUUUGCAGAUACUCGACCAUGGGAUCCACUUAAUGAUAUGAUACAGUACGAAAAAGAUGGUGUUAUCCAGACCAAAGUGAAACAUCGCACUCCAAUGGUUAGUGUCCCAAAAAUGAAACAUAAGCCAACCAGGCAACAGAAGAAAGUGGCAAAAGGCUAUUCCUCCCCAGAACCUGAUAUCCAGGACUCAUCUGGAAGUGAAGCUCAAUCAGUAAAACCAAGUGCAAGAAGAAAAAAAGGGAUAGAACUGGGAGACAUUCAAACUUCCAUUGAAUCUAUAAAACAAACACAGGAAGAAAUUAAAAGAAAUAUUAUGGCUCUUCGAAAUCAUUUAAUUUCAAGCACACCUGCCACGGAUUAUUUUCUGCAACAAAAAGACUACUUCAUCAUUUUUCUCCUGAUUUUGCUUCAAGUCAUAAUAAACUUCAUGUUUAAGUAGAAGUUCUUUACCAUUGAAUCAAUGAACUGGAAUGAUCAUAUUUGGCCUGGGACCAAUGUUGAAGAUGCUUUGGUCUUUAUUGAAACAUCACAAUAUUUCUAAAACAGAAAACCUUAGAAAUAUAUGUAGAACUGUUGACUUUUCCUACCUUCUAUCCUUAACCCUGAAAUAAGAGCUAUUCUAUUUGGUUAUUAAAGUGAACUAUGUGUUAAGUGCCAGAACAUUUCUAGCUUUUGUGAGACUGUGUCUGCAUGUGAGUAUAAUAAAUCCACAUGUAUACACAAUUGUGUCUUAUGUAUACCUUACAGUAGUCUUUGUAGUCUAUGGUAUGUUCGUGUUAUGAAAUAUAUAGCAUUAAUGUCAUUCAUAACAAAAAUGCUAUCAAUCUUAUAAAUAUAUGUGUAGCAAUCUAUUUUCUUCAUAAAACCGGCACAAAACUUCUAUCAGUAAGGAAUUACAGAAUGGGAAAUGAUGGGAUAAUAGAUAUAAAUAGUUCAAUGCACUGUACUGUGAAAAAAAAUCAUUUCUAAAGCAUUCAGCUCAAUUGUCUUCUUAGAAACAGCAAAAAAAAAAAUUGUGGUCAAAAUUGAUUUGAGAGACAAGGUGGCAAACUGCUUUAUCAAAAGUUUACACAAGAUUUUUUUUAAGCCCUAGAAUUUAAUAUUUAUAGAUACAGGUAUAAAUAUAUGUAUGUGUAUAUCAACAAAAAAAACCCUGGUACUCGGAUCUACUGAUUAUAUAUUUCCUGUCAUACCUGUAUAACACCCCAUUAAGCACUUGCUGAAAAAAGUGUGGUCAAACUUGAUUGCUGUCCUUCUUUCUUUUUUUUUUUUUAAACUCAGUUGGUCCAAUAACAUAGGCCAAAUUUUAGAGAUGGAAUUAUAGGGUGUAUGAAAUGCUGAUAGUCAUGAUUUUUCAUUAUGAAAAAUUUAUUUUAGCUUUCAUUUAGAUUCUAGUGUGUUCAGUGAAACAGUUGAAUAGAAAAUAUGUAUAUAACCAAUAUUUUACUUCAAAAGCCAAAAAGAGAAGGACAAUGAGAAAAGACACUUCGUGUGGUGGUAUUUAUGUGUAUGUUAAAAUUGGUUUCUUUAAAAUGUGCAAUAAGUUGAGCAUCUAAGAAGAGCAUCAAGUUCUCAAGUUUAAUUCUCUGUUAUCCUUCUCUGUUCUCAGUAACUGCAGUCUGUGGCAAAACCACAAUUCCUCAAGAUUCCUUUUGUUCAGGCUCAGGCAAACAUUUUUCCUAAAUAUUUUUUUCAGUUUAAUGUUUUUCCUUUAUGUAUCUUAGAAUUCUGAAAGUAGAUUUUGAAAUGAAAAUGAAGGUCAGAGAGAAUAAUUGCUCUGGCUGCACUUGCCUUCGACUAAGAAGAGACUGAGACACUAGUAAAAAUAUAAUCAAAUGUUUAUGCCAUGAUAAGUAUAAAAUCAAGGAAUGAUUGCUAAAUUAUGAAAAUUGAAAAUGAUUAAAAGGGCCUGCUUUUUACCACCUAACCAAUAUAGCUAUCUUAAAUAUCCUUAGAUUUUAUGAAGAGCUAUUUCCCAUGUAAUUUUGGCAAAACAGUGUAUUCCAUAUGUAUGUGUGAAAACAUUUUUUAAAUAGAUUAUGCGUAAAUAACAUAUACCUACACCCAGUAUAAGUAUAGGUAUAAUAUGACUACACUAGAAUAGGUGGGUUUUUGUUUGUAUUUCAUACUUGUUGAUAUAAUUUUUAUACUCACUUUCUGUUACCAAUGUUAUGCUCUACUGCCUAUUCAUUGAUAUAUAUUUUGUAAAUACUGUACGACUUGAUCCUUUUUUAUGGUUUAAAUUAGUAUUAAUUUAUAUAAGUUGAUUGGCUGAUCACAAAAUAAUUUCAUUAUUAAACCCUGAAAACUUAUAUUUUUUGUUGGCAACUCCCCUUUGGGACUUUAGUCAUGUUACUUUCAUUUGGUCUAAACAGUGUUUUAUUUGUAUGGUUAUCUUCUAAGACUGGAGAGGUAGUUAUUUACUUUUGUAUAUUUUCUUGUUAGGGCAAAUGUGUUAUGGGCUCUUAUUACUCAAGGAGUCAAAAACUAUUUCAUGAGAAAGAGCAGGGUUACUCAUGACUGUUUCUUAUACACUAAAAGCAUAUAUCUAAUCUAAUAGUCUUCUUAUGUUUUUAUUUGUGUGAGUUCCUUUCUGUGAAUUGAACACAAAACUCAGGAAUAGGUGGCUUAGUUUUAGAUCAGUGCUUAUACUAGGCUUAGUAUGUGAAUACUUUAAAACACACAAUUAACUUUGUAUUUAGCCAUAUAUGUAGUUGACUUUAAAUGUUCUCCACCUGAGAUUAAUCUUCCUUCACAAUGGAUUCAUAAAAAUUGUGAUUUACAGUUCCCAGUUGUCUGAGAGCCUCAUGGUGGUUUUUAGGAUUUAAGACCUAUGACCGUUUUUUUUUCAUUUGAUCAAAAAUUUUAUUUUUUCACUUGAAAAUUUAAAUGAGUAAUAAUUAUUGAUGUGUGCAUUUCUGUUUUAGUUGUUAAAUAUACUAUGCCUUCAGUUAUCUACCAUUUAGUGAGACGUAGCUGGCCCGGGAAAAGAUAAUAAAUACGGCAUGUGAAAUAAGUUUCAGCAAUAGAUAUUUUACUUAUAUUUCAUGUCAGUACUUUUUUGUAUUACUUAUACAGUGUAAUCUUUGUUACCAUUCCAUUGAAACAAUUGGCCUUGUAAAAUAAAACCCUCAUUUAGUAUUUACGCUUUUGUGCCUUUAAGAAAAUACUUUUUGUCAUUUUUGUGUUACAGAACUAUAAUAUGAUUCAAAGUGUUUAUAGUCUUAAUUAUCACAAAAGGGUCAUUUCUCUGUCACUUAAUUUCCUUUUAUAUAGCUAUAGCAUAUUUAAACAGUAAUGCUGUACUUUUAUAAGGGUUUUUGUCUAUUUACCUAUCUCAAAUAUAUCCUUCACUUUCAGACAUCAUUGAAGUAGACCUGUCAGAUUAUUCUGCGUAUUGUAAACAGUGCCUUUUUGAUAGAAUUCACACUGUUUUAGGGUGUCAACUCGUGCCAUAUACACACAAAAUUAUGUGGAGAAGGCAGUUUUAACUUUCUGAAGAAUAUCUUAGUCAAAUAUUUAAGGAAAAAAUGUAUAAAAUUCCAUUUUUUCCAGUGUUUAGCAUUUCUAGUGAGCAAUGAAUAUAUUUGGGGGUUUUUUUGUUUGUUAGACAUACAGUGAUAAUGAGCCAUACAUGAUGCUGCAGAUUAUUUUGAAUUAUGUUAAAUGUAUAGAAAUAAAAUAUUAAAAUUAGCGUUUAUACCAAAUUUUCCAAAUUGAACCAUAGUGGGGUCAGGGGGGAACCCCACACAAAUCACUAAGUUUACAUUUCAACCUCUAUCUUAUUUGACUACAUGGAAAAAGAGAUUCUUGGGCUUCCCUGGUGGCGCAGUGGUUAAGAAUGCCUGCCAAUGCAGGGGACACGGGUUCAAGCCCUGGUCCGGGAAGAUCCCACAUGCCACGGAGCAACUAAGCCUGUGCGCCUAGAGCCCAUGCUCUGCAACACAAGAAGCCACCGCAAUGAGAAGCCCGUGCACCGCAACGAAGAGUAGCCCCCUGCUCGCUGCAACUAGAGAAAGCCUGUGCACAGCAACAAAGACCCAACGCAGCCAAAAAUAAAUUAUGAAAAAAAAAGAAAAAGAUUCUUUAAAAUGUAUAUAACCUGCCACUAUUAUGUAAUUUGCUUUCAUUCUGUUUACCUGUAGUAUGAAUUUAGUAUAUUUAAUUUGCUUUUUGUUACUCUUAACAUACUGUUUGUUUCGUUACAGUUUUUAAUUGAAGGAUGGACUGUUAAAAUUGUAUAGGACCAGUGUCUCCUUAAUAUGAUUAACAUAUUUAGAAGAACCACAAGAAACCCAUGACAAAAUGAAUGUGAAUAUACUUUCUAAAAUAUUUAGAAAAUUUUAUCUUUCUGCACUUAUUAUGUAAAAUUAUUUUAGUAUUACAACAUUGAAAUUUAUUUAAAGAAAAAAUGCCAUGAAACAUUUGAACUGAUGAGCCACAGAACUUCAGUUGAAAAUUUUCACUUCUUAGCAUGCUAACUAUUCAUUUAAGUUAAAUAUCCUGUUUAAUGGCCAUUUAUAAAUUCAAAUACUACCACUGGUCAGUUUUGUAAAAUAGAAUAAAAGGAUGUUAUCUGCAGUGUAAAUACAGCACACUGUCAAAUUCUUUUCCUUAAGGUGCAUAGUAAAUGUACAGAUAGUCAUAGGCAACUGUUUUGUAAUGUAUUACAUUUCUAAUCUGUUAUUCCUAACCUAUUAUAAAAGUUUGCAGAGACAAAAGAAUUGAAUUUUUCUAAUCUGUAAAAUGAUGCUAACUUCGACAAGUAGGCAUUCUAAAUAAAAUUUUUAAAAAGAGUAAA